AUGUGUGCGUUAAGAGUUGUCGUGUGCAGAACGCUUUGCAGCUUCUCUAAACAUCGGCUAAGAAUGAAGAUCCCACAGGGGUCGGGGACGUCGACCAGAGAUUGCUCUCAGGCUGGAAAUAGCAGGAACCCGCUGAGAUGGGACCUUUCCCCAGAAGAGAUCCAGACCAUGACAGACAGCUUGAUAGCCAAAGUAAAGAAGGUCUACGAUGAUGUUGGAUCUCUGCAGAUAGAAAGCGUCUCUGCUGAAAACACACUGGACGCCCUGGCUAAUGCUAAACUGGAUUACGCAUCGUCGCGCCAUGUUCUUGACUUCCCUCAGUACGUUUGUCCCAACAAGGAGGUUCGAUCGGCGAGCACAGAGGCAGACAAGAAGCUGUCCGAGUUUGACGUGGAGAUCAGCAUGAGGGAGGACGUGUUCAAGCGUAUAUUAGCCUUGCAGAAAAAGUUUCAAGCCAAUCCUUCAUCUGAAGAAAAGAGAUUCUUAGACAGACUGGUUACAUUGGGCCAGAGGAAAGGAUUGCACCUGUCUAAAGAGAUACAGCAGGAAGUAAAAACAACCUCCAAGCUCAUCAGUGAGCUCUCUAUAGACUUCAACAGGAAUCUGACCGAGGACAACACAUUCCUUGUUUUUUCUGAGCACGAGCUAGGAGGACUCGCUGACAGCUAUCUCAAUGGCCUGGAGAGGACGGCAGAGGGGAAGUAUAAAGUCACGCUGGAAUAUCCCCAUUACCACCCUCUGAUGAAGAGGUGCCACAAUCCUGAGACCAGGAGGAAGAUGGAAGCAGCUUUUCACAGCAGGUGCAAACAGGUGAACACAGAGAUCCUUGAACAGCUAAUCCAACUCAGAGCAAAGGUGGCAGACUUGCUUGGUUACAGCAGCCACGCAAACUAUGUGCUGGAGAUUAACAUGGCUAAGCAUGCAACCAAUGUGUCUGACUUUAUAGACACUUUCUAUGAGAGACUAAAGCCCAUUGGAAUCAAGGAAAGGAAGUACAUCCUUGCACUGAAGAAGAGGGAGUGCUUGAUGAAGGGCUACCAGUUCGACGGGCAGAUCAACGCCUGGGACUUGCCCUACUACAUGAACCAGGUGGAGCAGUGCAAGUUUGCUGUAAACAAGGACAAGCUCAUUGAGUAUUUCCCCCUGGAGGCGGUGACAGAAGGGCUGUUGGGGAUCUAUCAGCAGCUGCUGGGCCUCGCCUUCGAACUGGUAGAGUGCGCUCAUGUUUGGCAUGAAGAUGUCAAGCUUUACUCAGCCCGCGACACUGAGACGGGGGAGGAGAUUGGACAGUUCUACCUGGACUUGCAUCCCAGGGAAGGGAAAUAUGGCCACGCUGCUUGCUUCGGGCUCCUUCCAGGCUGCAGGGGACCUGAUGGAAAACGCAGGCUUCCAGUGGCUGCUAUGGUAGCUAACUUUACAAAGCCCCUAAAAGGCUGGCCCUCCCUCCUCCAACACCAUGAAGUGGAGACGUAUUUUCAUGAAUUUGGUCAUGUGAUGCAUGAGCUAUGCUCUAAGACCACUUUUUCAGAGUUUAGUGGUACUCUGGUGGAAACAGACUUUGUGGAAGUGCCGUCACAGAUGCUGGAGAACUGGGUUUGGGAGAAGGAGCCUCUAAGGAGGAUGUCUGGCCACUACAAGGAUGGGUCGCCAGUUCCGGAUGACUUGCUGGACAAACUGAUUGCGUCCAGAGUAGCAAACACAGGUCUGAUGAACCUGCGGCAGGUUGUCCUCAGUAAAGUGGACCAGUCCCUUCACUCCUGUCCACGUGCAGAUACAGCUGAGGUGUUUGCACAGCACUGCCGGGACAUCCUCGGUGUUCCUGCUACACCUGGCACCAAUAUGACGGCCAGUUUCAGCCACUUGGCUGGAGGAUACGAUGGUCAGUACUACAGCUAUCUGUGGAGUGAAGUCUACUCAAUGGACAUUUUCUUCAGCCGUUUUAAAACGGAAGGCAUUAUGAACCCAAAGGUUGGGAAAGAGUACAGAAGGGUGAUACUGGAAGCCGGAGGCUCCGUGGACGGCAUGGACAUGCUGAGGCGCUUCCUCGGACGGGAGCCCCUCCAGGAUGCUUUCUUUGAGUGCAAAGGACUGACUGCAGCCCAGGAAACGAAAACAUCAUAGGUGGAAAAAACAACUGAAGUGUAAAAUUGACAUAAAUACAUUUACUAAACCUAUUCAAGGUAAAAGCUUUUAAAUAACUGCUUAAUUUUACUUCAGAGUGAGGAGUGUGAUUUUAAGAACGGUUGCAAAUAAAAAAAACUGACCAAACUAGAGUUUAUGAAGGAGCAUCCUAGAGAUUUAGUGUCUUUCAGAAGCAGCGGUGCUGAUGUCAGGCUAAAUGUUCCAGUAGAGCAAUUGUUUAGCUACAAUGUGCAGAAAAGAAGCGCACCUUCUUCAUAUACAAGUAAGGCUGCAAAAAAAUGAGAAUAUCUUGAACAGGUUUAAUGGUUUUGUGACUCAUCUCAGAAAUUGAACCUCAUACGUAUAUAGAUUCAAUAAACAUAGGAAAUAGGUCAAGCCUUUAUUUCUUGUCAUUCUGAUGGUUAUGGUAGUAGAAAACCCAAAUUUACCUGUCUCACAAAAUUAGAAUGUUACAUAAAACCAACAAAAAAGGAUAUUUUAAACAGAUAUGUCAGAAAAGUGUUAAUUUAUAUACACUCAAUACUUGGUUGGGGCUUGUUUUGCAUGAAUUACUGCAUCAAUGUGGCGCGACAUGUCAAAGGAGCCCCAAACUCAAGUGUUGAGCACAUUUAAAUGAACCUACAUUUCAGAAGCCUUAAAUCAGUUUAAAAUAUAUUGUUUUAUUGAUUUUUUUUGCAAUCUAAUUUUGUAAAUAGUGCAUAUUUUAGAUUUGCAUUAUCUAUAGGCCAUAAUGAUCAAAAUUAAAAGAAAUAAAUGCUUUAAAUAUUUCGCCAAUAACAAAUCAAUAUUUUUUCAAUAGUUGUAUUUUUCAAAAUGGUUGUAAACAUAAACUUUUUCAUAAUAUUUAACUUUUUGGAGUUGUAUUAGUCAGUGGAAGCUGUAUGCCUUAUGUUAUUCACACCAAUUGGGACGCACUGUUCCUAUAAACCUGGUCAGCUAUGAAAUUAAAUUUGAAGCAUCUUCUGGAUUACUGUGGAAGAAUAAAACAGUACGGAAAA